AGGAUUGUACCACCUUAUCGCAGCAAACACUAGCGGAGAGCCACCAUCUUUACCUGCUGUUUUAGACGCUCCGACGGCGGACAGCCUGUCAGAUCUGUAAGUGAAGCGAGAUGCUUGACACACUGUACGAGUGGUUCUGGUGGGACAAAAUCUGGCUGCCUGCAGAGCUUUCAUGGGCUGACCUGGAAGACAAGGAGGAGCGGAUCUAUGCCAAAGCUUCAGAUCUUUACGUCACGGUCCCCUACGCUUUUGGCUUUUUACUUGUCAGAUACCUCUUUGAAAGAUACAUAGCAACCCAACUUGCAGUCUCUGCGGGAAUCAAGCAACAGGUCCAUCUCAAAGCAGUGGAUAGCCCCAUCCUGGAAGUCUUCUAUAUGACCCGGAGUAGAAAUCCUGUUCAGGCUGACAUUGAUGGGCUGUCAAAAAAAUGCGGUUGGUCUGUGAGACAAGUUGAACGCUGGUUCCGAAGAAGACGCAGACAGGACUAUCCAGGAGUCAUGAAGAAGUUCAGAGAGGCCAGUUGGAGGUUUUGCUUCUACCUGUGUGCAUUCAUUGGAGGAGUCUUAGCACUUUAUGAUAAAGAAUGGCUUUAUGACACAAGAGAAGUAUGGACAGCUUAUCCGAAGCAGUCCAUGCUGUCGUCUCAGUAUUGGUAUUAUAUCUUGGAGAUGAGCUUCUACGGCUGCCUUCUCUUCAGUGUUACAUUUGAUGUCAAGAGAAAGGACUUUAGGGAGCAAAUUGUUCAUCACAUAGCCACUCUGAUCCUUUUAUCGUUUUCCUGGUGUGCCAACUUUAUCAGAGUAGGAACCCUGGUGAUGCUCAUCCAUGAUGCUUCUGAUGUCCUACUGGAAUCUGCCAAAUUAUUCAACUAUGCCAGAUGGGAGAAAACCAGCAACACUCUGUUUGUAUUCUUUGCCGUGGUGUUCAUGGUGACGCGGCUGAUCAUCUUUCCAUUUUGGCUAAUUCACUGUACCUGGGUUUACCCGAUUCUGCACUACCCAGCCUUCUUUGGCUACUACUUCUUCAAUGUGAUGCUGGUGGUUCUUCUGGGCCUCCACAUAUUCUGGGCUUACCUCAUCCUCCGCAUGAUCAGGAAAUUUCUGUUUGGCACGCUGACCCGUGAUGAAAGGAGUGACGUCGAUGAGGAAGAUGAGCAAGACACUAGCUCCACAGAAGAAGAGGGACAUGUCCAACAGCCCAAGCCCAUCAAUAAGAAGGAUGGAAAGAACGGCUACUCUGGAUUGUCUUCUGCAGACCGUGUCCACUAGUCAAAGACUGGUCAACCAGUCCUGCUCAGUGAAGCUGAAAAUGUGAUCAUUCUAAAGCCAAAUGUCACACACACUUGCACGUGAGCCUUUCCGUUCUCUUUGCACUUUUUUUUACUCACAUUUAAUAGGAGGUUGAAAGCUCGCGUUCGAGUCUUUGUGUAUUUUAUAUUUUGGUUACGAAGCAUCUGCUCUGAAAAAUUUGACUUUGUAAACGGUGCACUGGUCCAGAAGCUUUCAUGUUCUGAUGAACUUGGACUGAUGACAUUGUCUCAAACCUAUGCUAUUAGAACCGUGUCAAAGAAAUCGCAGAAACAUUUAGCAGUGGUUUGUUGUCAUGUCAGUGUAACUUUAUUAAAACUAGCCGAUAUCAGGACAAUAUUUGAAGUUCUGGGGGCUUUUCGUAUGGAGUUUGUACGUUCUCCCAAUGUGUGUGUGGGCUCUCUCCAUGUACCCCGGCUUGCUUCCAGAUUUCAUGCAUGUUGGGUAAUUUCUGUUUGACUCAAUAUUGUCCAGAGGAGUGAGCUGGGGUAGGCUCCAGUCUCCUUGAUACCCUACUACGAAUCACCACCACAGAAGAAGAAAUGAUGUUUCAUAUGCCACUAUGAUACUGCUUGGGACUAGCACAUGGAGUACUAAAACCUCAAUUAUGAAUAAGCAAAAGCAAAAGUUAUAAUUCCAUAGAUAGAUAGAUAGAUAGAUAGAUAGAUAGAUAGAUAGAUAGAUAGAUAGAUAGAUAGAUAGAUAGAUAGAUAGAUAGAUGAUCAUUAUAUAGAAAGUUUAAUGUUUCUGCAUGUAUGCAUGACCAC